CGGUCUGUGCUGAGUGUGAGAGUGAGGGGGGCGGGGGCCGAGGAGAGUGGGGCGGCAGGGCGAGUGGACGCGUGAACAGACAGACCUGCGGACGGGACAGCUGCGGCCGUAGGCCCUUCUAGCCCCGCUUAAGCCCUGAUGCGCGGGGGGAAGCAGCCCCUCUCGCUGGGGGAUGCUGCGGGAUUCCCGGUGCCGGGCAUCCGGGCCGCCCGUUAAACCCGUGUGCCUACCCCGUGCCCCCGGGGAACCGGAGUCCGGCCGCUGGGAAAGAGAAGCGGCCGCAGAGACGCUGCAGGGUGCCGGGCGGGGAGGGGGCUGGAGGCCCCAGGCCCGAGGGCAUGGAGCGGUUAGGGGAGAAAGCCAGUCGCCUGCUGGAGAAGUUAAGACUCUCGGACUCCGGCAGCGCCAAGUUCGGCCGCAGAAAGGGUGAAUCUAGCCGGUCUGGAUCUGAUGGGACCCCCGGGGCGGGCAAGGGGCGUCUGAGUGGGUUGGGGGGACCUAGGAAAUCAGGGCCCCGUGGAGCUACUGGGGGACCUGGGGAUGAGCCGUUGGAGCCAGCCCGGGAGCAGGGCCCCCUGGACGCUGAGCGGAACCCGCGCGGCUCCUUUGAGGCGCAGCGCUACGAAGGCUCCUUUCCUGGGGGGCCGCCUCCCACCCGGGCCUUGCCUCUACCUCAGUCAUUGCCCCCCGACUUUCGGCUGGAGACCACGGCCCCAGCUCUAAGCCCCCGCUCCAGUUUCGCCAGUAGCUCAGCCAGCGAUGCCAGCAAGCCGUCCAGUCCCCGGGGCAGCCUGCUGUUGGACGGGGCGGGGGCCGGUGGAGCCGGAGGUAGCCGACCCUGCAGCAAUCGUACCAGCGGCAUCAGCAUGGGCUACGACCAGCGCCACGGCAGCCCCCUGCCCGCCGGGCCAUGCCUGUUUGGCCCACCCCUGGCUGGGGCUCCGGCGGGCUAUUCCCCUGGAGGGGUGCCGUCCGCCUACCCGGAGCUCCACGCUGCCCUGGACCGACUGUGCGCUCACCGGCCGUCGGGAUUCGGCUGCCAGGAAAGCCGCCACUCGUAUCCCCCGGCCCUAGGCAGCCCCGGGGCUCUAGCCGGAGCCGGAGUGGGAGCGGCAGGGCCGUUGGAGAGACGCGGGGCGCAACCCGGACGACACUCGGUGACCGGAUACGGGGACUGCGCCGCGGGCGCCCGAUACCAGGAUGAGCUAACAGCAUUGCUGCGCCUGACGGUGGGCACGGGUGGGCGAGAAGCUGGCACCCGCGGGGAACCCUCGGGGAUUGAGCCGUCGGGUCUCGAGGAGCCGCCGGGUCCGUUCGUUCCAGAGGCCUCCCGGGCCCGGAUGCGGGAACCAGAGGCCAGAGAAGACUACUUCGGCACCUGUAUCAAGUGCAACAAAGGCAUCUAUGGGCAGAGCAACGCCUGCCAGGCCCUGGACAGCCUCUACCACACCCAGUGCUUUGUCUGCUGCUCCUGUGGGCGAACUUUGCGCUGCAAAGCUUUCUAUAGCGUCAAUGGCUCCGUGUACUGUGAGGAAGAUUAUCUGUUUUCAGGGUUUCAGGAGGCAGCUGAGAAGUGCUGUGUCUGUGGUCACUUGAUUUUGGAGAAGAUCCUACAGGCCAUGGGAAAGUCCUAUCACCCAGGCUGCUUCAGAUGCAUCGUUUGCAACAAGUGCCUGGAUGGCAUCCCCUUCACAGUGGACUUCUCCAACCAGGUGUACUGCGUCACUGACUACCACAAAAAUUAUGCUCCUAAGUGUGCGGCCUGCGGCCAACCCAUCCUCCCCUCAGAGGGCUGUGAGGACAUUGUGAGGGUGAUAUCCAUGGACCGGGAUUAUCACUUUGAGUGCUACCACUGUGAGGACUGCCGGAUGCAGCUGAGUGAUGAGGAAGGCUGCUGCUGCUUCCCUCUGGAUGGGCACUUGCUCUGCCACGGCUGUCACAUGCAGCGGCUUAAUGCCCGACAGCCCCCUGCCAACUAUAUCUGAACUGCAGUCGCUACUGCUGCCUUCGCCACCAUUGACAAAUUCCUCUGGCCAGAGGGCCCCUCUGAGGCCAGCCGAGGCAAGGAACGCACUCCCAGGCCAGGAAGAAGAGCCCUCUGGGGAAGGCCCCAAGGGCCAGAGACCCAAAGAUAUGACAUUCCAAAUGGAUUGUGGAGAAGGAACCUUCCAAUUGCCAUGGUGGGGUGACUGGCUUUCUUUCCAUGUGUGUAGCCUGUGCUGUAGCGUGUACUCAGGUACACACUGCAGGCGAGUUCCAGUACUUUCUAAAGGUCUGAUUCUGGUCUGUAUCUCCAGUCUAUGAUUAUGCAUAAGUCAAGUGAUGUUCCAGCUUUGGAUUAUAGGAAGAGAGGACAUCAUGAGCACUCCUCACUCUUUUGUACCCCUCAUGUGGGUCAAGUAUGGGGUCAGCAGGUUCUUACCACAGUGUCUUUGUAUCUGGAUGAAGAGAUGGACACUAGACCUUAUUAAUGAGUUUUUUUCUUGGCCACUUUCUCCCUAUAGACUAGGAGCACUGCUCACCCCUCUGCUGGGAAGGGGGACAGCUCUCAGUGGGCCUGUUGCCUGUAUUGCCUAUUUCUCAGGGACUCACGUGGGCCUGGGAAGGCUAGGUGGGUGCCCAUACUUGGUUCCUCUUCUCCUCAGUUGGGGAAGUAAUGAGUGGGUCCUUGGGGGUGGAGGUGCCAGGUGAGACAUGUAAGAAGUGUUAGGCCAACCGCGCUCCGUGCACAUGCCCAGGUAUAGGUGCACUGAGACCUCCAACCCAAUGUAGACACACAUAGGCACAUUCAUAGACACACUGUCUCACUCCCUUCUUCUCAGGUCACUCUUAUCCAGUUCCCUCAUAGUCACUCACCACUCCAGACCUGCCACCUCUCAGAGGAAUCUAGGAUUAUAACCACUACAACUCCCAAACUCUGAGGUUCUGGGGAGCCAGAGGGGCAACACACUUUGAUCUGGUUCUAGUCGUUUGGCUGAAAUCGGUUUACCUAAGGUAGAUUCCCUUAAAGCCAAUUCGUGGGAGACUUGUAUGCUUAAAGUUUACUUGUUUUGUGGGGGGCGGGGAGGGUGCAAAAAAGGUGGUUUUAUUGAAAGCACAGGAAUAGGACCCAUGGGCAGAAAGAGCUGCCAAAGUUUACUUAAUGACCAGUUUGCCAAAAGCUCAGUCCCUUUGGGUUAUUUUUAUAGCCAUUUAGGUGUUUCGUUGUUAUGUUUUGGGUGUUUUCAAGAUUUACAUCUAUUCAUCCAACAGUACUUCUGAAUUAUUGUCAACAACAAAUUUAUCAAAUUUGCAGCACUUUGUAAUGUUGAGAUUGCUUCCUACCUUUAUGGACAUUUUCCUAUGUUAUCUACUUUUCAAACACUUUUCUAAAAAGUUUAAAGUUUCUAGCAAUAAAUAUAAUUGGUAUGGACAUUUUGUGUAUCAUUUUUUUGUGUUUCUUAAUUCAAUAUUCCUUUACAAAUUAGAUGCCUUGGAAAAUGUAAUAGAGCUCAAUAUGAUUUUGAUGCUUUGGCCUAACUUCUACAUUCCUGCUGUUAAAAAUGCCAAUAUAUUCUAAACAAAUGAGCAGGCAUGUGGCAUGUUCAGUUGACUAACAAUUAAAGGUUAUGUGGACAACAACAAUAAAAAGUGAAAGGGUAAAUCUGCUAAAUCCUUUUGAAAUGCUGCAGAUUUGAUAAAUAUUUAUUUUAGACUAAUUGUCUAUAGGUGAAUUGGUUUUCAGCAAAUUAAUCUGAUAAUCUUUAAUCCUUAGUCUUCAUUCCCUGUCACUUAGAGUUUCAUACUAGAAAUGGUUACUCCUAAGAACAGAAGUUCCGCGUUUAGGGGUUAUUCUAAGGUGACCAUGUCAGCCAAGCUGGGGUUGCAGAGGAGAGGCCUGUGCAUGAGGGUGUGAGGGGGAGUAAGAGCUCACAUUCAUACCCCUGACUGCAGAGGGGAUGCACUUUUUUUGGAGGGAUAAAUGUUCUGAUAGGUUACUUGAUCUACAGCUGGGAUUGCUUCUUCUGAAUUAUUAUUAUUAAAUAAGUGAAUACAA